AUGCAGAACGAGUGGUUAGACAUAGGAGAUUUUUGCAUCCCAUUAGCAUUAAAAUGGCGCACUUUAAUUUAUGAUUGGUCGCCAGCAUUGCUAAAAUUCUAUCUCAAUGCGUUCCAGAUGACUCUCCCAGAUCAGAGUAAUUUAGUAAGAUGGGGUAAAAGUACCGAAAAAACUUGCUAUAUCUGUGGAAAGGCAGUUGGAACUGCUAAGCAUCUGCUGGUGGGAUGUAGGGUACUCCUUGACAGCGGUCAAUACUCGCGUCGUCACGAUAGGGUUCUAGAAGUCAUACGUGAAGCGGUUAGUCUUUCGGUAGCCAGAGCGCAAAAGGGAAUAACCACAAACGAACGAUCAGUAGGUUUUGUGAGAGAAGGCACUAGGGCUACAAAAUCAAACGUCAAGCCUUACUCCAUCCUUAAAGCGGCGUCGGAUUGGACUAUAAUGAUGGACACGUAUGAAAAACAAUAUAAAAUAACCGAGGAUAUUUGUGCGUCGGCCUCCAGACCGGAUAUAUUUUUGUUUUCGCGAAUUUUAAAGCGCGUAGUGAUGAUAGAGCUUACGGUCCCUUGGGAAACCAACAUCCCCAAAGACCAUACCAUCAAGGUCAACAAAUAUUACGAGCUCACAAACGAACUCACUCGAAAUAGGUUCGUAGUAGAUUUGUACGCGGUAGAGGUGGGAGCGAGAGGUAUAACAGCGAAAUCUCUCUAUAACCUACUAAAGGACUUGGGCUUGUCCAGAACUCACAUUAAUGCAUUCUUGGAACGUACAUCGAAGGCAGCCCUAGUAGGUUCUUUUCAAAUUUGGUUAGGUAGGGAGAGGAGCUUGGACAGUGGAGGUGAGCGUAUAACGCGCGUUAGUUAA